CAGUGUCCGCAGUCUGGAAAAACAGCUUCUUCUCCCCUCUAACCCAAAAAGGCUGAACCUCCACCUUCACCGCCUCCGCCUCUUUGACCUCCUCCUCCGCCAUUGCCGACCACCCCAAGCUCUCCCCCCUACAGGAGCCAAGAGAAGGGGCACCGUGCCGUUUCUUGGACGGCGGCGGCGAUGGACGGCGGCAGGGUCGGGGGCGACUACAUUUCCAGCCUCCUCAGCUCCUCCCCCCGGCUCGACUUCGGCGUGCCGGUGCUGGACGCCAUCGUGGCGCCGGGAGGCGGCGGCGGCGGCGGCGACUGCGGCCUCGACAAGCUCUGCGGCGACCCGGGGUUCGCGGAGCGCGCCGCGCGGCUGUCCAGCUUCAACAACGGCGGCGGCGGUGUUGGGCAGCGGUACGGCGGCGCGGGGGCGGGGCUCUUCGGGAUGCCUCCUCCGGCUCCCGGCGACUUCGCCGGAGGUGGCUCCAGGGAGGCGUCCUCCGUGUCCGACCCCGCCUCCUCGGCGAUGAAGGACGCCGCCGCCAAUGCCAAGAAGAGGAAGUCCACGGCGGCGGCGGCCGCCGCCGCCAAGGGCAAAGGCAAGGAGCCUCCGGUUGGGGAAGAGAAGGAAUCAGAUGGCAAGAGGUGCAAGACGGGCAAUGGCGAGAAGGAGAGCUCGGUGAAGCCGAAGGCGGAGCAGGCCGGGAGCGACAGCUCCGUCGAGGACGGCGGCGGUGGCGGGCAGAAGCAAGGGAAGGGGAAGAAUGCCAAGCCGGUGGAGCCACCCAAGGACUAUGUCCAUGUCCGGGCGAGGCGAGGCCAAGCCACUGACAGCCACAGCCUCGCUGAGAGGGUCAGAAGAGAGAGGAUCAGCCAGAGGAUGAAGGUUCUCCAGGACCUGGUUCCAGGAUGCAACAAGGUAAUUGGCAAGGCACUCAUGCUUGAUGAGAUCAUAAACUACGUGCAAUCGCUUCAACGGCAAGUUGAGUUCCUGUCCAUGAAGCUAGCAACUGUGAAUCCACUUGAUUUCAGUAACCUGCCUACUCUGCUGCAGAAAGAUAUGUUCCAAGCAUGCGGCCCUUCAGCGAGCUCGGUUUUCUCAUUAGAAAGCUCCAAUUCUGCUUUUCGGUUUGCCGAACAAGGAGAUGUUUUCCAACAGUUUGCUCAAAACAGCAUGGAAAGCCAGUGCACCCUGAAUCAGUUGGACCUGGCUCUAUCUCAGGCUACAAAUGCUGCACAGUAUGCUUUUCAAGAUGGAACAGCCGGCGCAAACUUGCAGCAAAGGAACUUCUGGGAGGAUGAUCUCCAAAGUGUUUUCCAUAUUGAGAAUGGACAGAGCCAGGAGAAUGGGGUUUCAGCACCAAACUUCCAUGGUCAGCAGCAAGCAGGCCACAUGAAAAUGGAGUUCUAACCUGCUUAGGCCACACUGAUCAAGGAAAAGAAUGACAAUCUGUACAUAGGGAAGAGACCCAAGUGCAAAACUCCCAUUGGCAAAGCUAGUGAAGCUCUCUGAACUCUUGAAGCUAACAGUCAUCAUUAGGCUCUUAAGAGAGGAUAUUUCUUAAUCAUAGUCUGCCUGUAGGGCGAUGUGAUUCUUUUGGUACCUACUAUUUGAGAUGAUUAUAUUUUGAUAUAACCGUAACAAAUUAAAAUAGUUAAUUUGUGUAUAAAGAUAUGGUGCAGAUAUUACAAAGCACCCUCUUCUUCUUCUUUCUGAUUAUGUAUGAGCUGGCCAAUUAGCAGCUAGCUGGAUGGAUGGAACCAUGUAUUACCACUGUUGCAUUUUGUCUAUGAUGAUAGUUAUCCUCACCUUAUCACUGA